AUGGAUCGGUCAGAAAAUCAAUCGAUUUUAAAUGAUACAUUAUCAACCACCACAAUGUCGCAAUGCGAGACGCAAAAACAUGCCCACGGGGCUAUUGUACGAAUUCGUUUAGAAAAUUUUAUGACAUAUAAAGAAGUUGAACUGUAUCCCGGGCCACGUCUGAAUGUUAUUAUCGGUCCGAAUGGUAGUGGGAAAUCAUCGAUUGUUUGUGCGAUUUGUCUCGGUCUUGCCGGGCAUCCACGAGUCAUCGGCCGAGCGGGAAGUGUCGGAGAUUACAUCAAAACCGGCAAUGAUAAGGGGAUGAUUGAAAUUGAAUUAUUCAAUGCGGAGAAAGGAACGAAUUGGGUAGUUAAUCGAACGCUUUAUCAUCAGCAAGCAAAUAAAUGGACAUUGAAUGGAAAACAAACGACAGAAGCAGCGAUCAAAGAUUUGAUGAAAAAGCUACAUAUUCAAGUCGACAAUCUUUGUCAAUUUUUACCCCAAGAAAAAGUAGCAGAGUUUACCAACAUGUCCAAAUGCGACUUACUCGAAAAUACCGAAAAAUGUGUCGGCGGUGAAGAACUUUACACUCUCCACAAAUCCUUAAAAACCUUAGGACAAGAGACACGUCUUCUCGAAAGCGAUUUAAACGAAGCUUUACACCAAGCAGCUUCUUGCAAGCAAACAUUAAAACAUCUUGAACCCGAUGUCCAAGCGAUACAAGGUCGAAAAGAUCUUGAAGCAAAAAUUGCUGAGUACAUUCAAUGCAAACACUUUCGUGAUUACGAAGAAAAAGCUUCUGAACAUGAAAAAAUCGCGAAAACAUUCGAUUCGAUAAAGGAUAAAGUCAAGGAAGUGGACCAUCGAUUAAAACCCUUACAGGAUCAAAUCAAGAAAUUCAAAACAGAGUUCGAAAAGGCUCAAACAGCUUAUAAAUCAAAAUACAAAGAAUCAGUUGAUUUGAAGAAUAAACUAACCAAGGAGAUCAAUGCGAUAUCGGAACAAAGUGACGAUUUGAUCGAGAAGAUUCGCGAUGAACUUCGACAUAAGAAAGAAGAAGAAAACCGUCGAUUGACUCAGUGUAAAGAUGUUCAAGAGCAAAUCGAGCAAUUAGAAGAAAAAAUCAACUCAAUGGAUAUCGAUUCACAAGAUCAAGAUGAAUUACAAGCGGAAUGGAAUCAUCUAGAAAACGAACGAAAAAAACUGACCGAACAGCAAAAUCAAUUAUCAAUGAAACAUCAACAAAUCAUUGAUGAACUACGACGAAUUCAGCAGGACGUUCAAAUUAAACAACGAGAAUUAAGUCACAUAACCAACGUCCAAGAAACUCGUUUAGCGAAAUUACAACAUCAAAAUAUUGAUGCGUGGAAAGCCGUUAAAUGGCUUCGUCAAAACAAAAUGUUAUUUCAAAAGAACGUCUAUGAGCCGAUGAUUUUAUCGUUAAAUGUCAGCGAUCCAAACAUGAUGAAAUAUGUCGAGUUCAUCAUUCCCAAACGCGAUCUCCUCGCUAUGUUCAUAUUCGAAGAUACAGAUGACAUGGAAUUAUUUAUCAAAGAAUGCCAUGAAAAACAGAAACUAGUCGUUCACGGAUCAGCUAUUCCACGAAUGUCGUUGGAUGAAUUUCGUCGUGAAGCACCGCCGAUCACCGAUUUAAGUCAUUAUGGAAUGUUUCAAUAUGUUUUGGAUACAAUUCAAGGACCCGAUGCAAUCCUACGAUAUUUAUGUCAAACAACGAAAAUUCACACAUUGCCCAUUGCAUACGAUUCGGCAAUGACACACAUUGAUACGAUAACAAAAGACCAGAAAGUUCGACGGUUUUUCGUGAAGAAUUUUUGCUAUACAUUGUCGACCUCAUAUUAUACAAAGGACACAUCAACAACGAACAUACACGUACAAAAGGAAAGAUAUUUAACUGAUAGUGUUAGUCACGACCGAAAACAACAAAUCGAACAGGAACAUACGCAACUGAAAGCUCGUUAUGAGGAAUUGCAGAAAUCUCAACAAACCUACGAGAAAGACCAAACUAAUCUCGCUCGUCAAUUGGACGAGAUCAAAACACGAAAGAUCGCUAUCACAGACAAACGAAACGCCAAAGCAAAACUCGAACGAAAGAUCGAAGAGAAAAAACACACAUUGACAUCAUACAUGAAGAAGCAAAUCGAUAUCGCCAAAGAAGAGAAAUUAGCUUAUGAGAAAGAAAAGAAAAUUCACGAAGAUAAAAUGCACAAACUAAACGUUCAAAUGAAAGAAUUCGAGAAUUUCAAUCAAAAAUGCCAUUUGAUGGUCAUCGAGAGCGGUCGUAUUGCUUUAGCUCGUCAAAAACAUAGCGAAGCUGAAGCGAGUUUUGAAACUCAUAGAGAAGAAUUAAUGCAAUUAAAAGAACAAACGUUAAAUGCGAAAAAACGUUUGGACACGAGCGAAUCAUCAACACGUUUGGCUGCACAAAAAAUAAGCAAAACGAUGAAUAAAACCAUCUCACCAGAUGAUGUUCUUCUUCCGAAUAAGCUCGUUCAAGAAUUUCGAGCAAAAUUUGCAAAUUUCCCUUCAAGUUUAGCAGACCUAGAAUCAGAAAUCAUGAAUUUUAAUGCACAGCUGAGCUGCCAAGGAACGGUGAAGGACGAUGUUAUCCGUGUCUACCAACAAGAAAAGACGAAUCUAAUUCAAAUUGAAAAUCGUAUCACUGAUUUAGAAAAUCGAAUCAAACAAGGACAAAUGACUGCAGAUAAAAACAAAACCGAUUGGUUGAACCAAGUUAAUGCGAUGGUCAACGAAAUCAAUAAAAAAUUCGUCGGCCUAUUCGAGACAAUGGGUUGCAAAGGGCAAAUUUGUUUAGAUAUUCCCGAGUUAGAAAAAGACUUUGAAAAGUACGGUGUGAAUAUCAAAGUGCAAUUUCGCGACGGUGAAAGAUUACAUGAAAUGAGUGAAUUUCUUCAAAGUGGUGGUGAAAAAAGUGUGUCAGUAAUGUUAUACAUGAUUGCUUUACAAGAUAUGACAAUUUGCCCAUUUCGAUGUGUUGAUGAAAUCAACCAGGGUAUGGAUCCAACGAAUGAACGUCGUGUAUUUGAAUUACUUGUGAGACAUUCGUCAGAUAAAGCAAAUUCGCAAUACUUUCUUCUUUCGCCUAAACUUUUACCAAAUUUACAAUAUAGUCGAAAGAUUAAAUUAUUGUUCGUUUGUAACGGUGACGUGAGUAUUAAAAGUCAAGAAUGGAAUGUGGCAAAAUAUAUCGAACGUCGACGCGCCUUGGCUCUUACUCAACCUAACUAA